AUGUCACCUCUGUGUUCUCUGGGAGGACCAUCUGCGUUAUGGGGAUUCAAGACUAGGGGAUUGGGUCCUAACGAGCCAAGGAGGGAAGUACAAGACGAUGAGAUCGGUGACACAUCCGAACGGGAUUUUGUGGGAGGGGAUGUUGCGGUCACUGCGUUUGCAGACCUCUCUUUUGAUCUUCCCCUAAAAUGGUUCAGAGACAGAGGAAUCCAUGGACAUGUGUUUGCAUGUGCCGGGAAUAUGGCAGAACUGUCAGAGAACAAGUAUAGGAACUUCACUGCUCCAAAGUUGUUGGAGACGUUCAGAAGCUCAGUUGGUGCAGGAAUCGUGGUACCAACUAGUCUAUUUCGCAUGGAGUUGUUUGAAGCAUAA